GCGAACUUUUUGGCAAGCCCAGCGUCAACUCGGAAGUUGUUUUCUAAUUUUAGCCGCCGCAUACGAAUGUGUGUCGAUUGUUUACUUUUCCGUGUGUGGUGCGAAAUUAAAGGAAUGUCUUCGCGAGAUUCCUGAAAUCGCGCAAAUUUCCUCGACGUUGCGAAACCAUCAGCGAGCAAUCAUUCGCACUCGCACCGUGUCGCCAAGAGGUGGUCAGGCAGCCAACCAGUUGGGAAGCUCUCUCGGCACGAAAUCGCUUCGCCGCUGAACUAGAAAAUGGCUUACUAAAUCCACAUGCAUCUCAAUUCAUAUCUGUGAUAAAGUAAACUUCCAUAUUCAUUAGCGAUUUACUAAAACAAUGGUAUGAGUGAGAAACUGAGAGUUUGAAAAACACUCUUCUACACAAUCCAAAAAAUCAAAAAUUAUCACUGACUCUGACCAUGGACCCGUUUACAAAAUUCCGCAAAUUUGCCACAUAUACUCGCACAGAAAACAGGACUAAAGUGGAUCGGUGGAAGCAAAAAGGUCUUCCACCAUACAACGUAUCAGGCAGCCCAUUCAACGCAGUACCAAUUCACCACUAUCCCGAACUACUAGGUCCUUGCUGCAAACUGAUAAAUUCCGAAUGGCCACGAAGUGAUGCAGCCCGUAUGCGUUCAUUAGAAGCAUCAUGUGAUACAUUACCAGUGAGUUUAGUGCUCACAAUUGACAAUAUGCAAACCGUUAUAGCGCACUGCAAGCUCAGUCCAAUACCGCAUAUGAAAAAAUGCUGCUUUGUGGAAUCAGUUGUUGUCGAGCGGAGUUAUCGCGGAAAAGGUCUUGGUAAAAUGAUGAUGAUGUGCUGCGAGGAUUACUGCCGAGUUGUACUAGAUUUAAAUACUAUUUAUCUAUCAACCAUCGAUCAAGUGGGUUUCUAUGAAAAAAUUGGCUAUGAACAAUGUCCGCCUGUUGAUAUGUAUGGUCCUAGGAACUGCCCAUUGCCUAGUUUACAGAAUUCAAGGAAAACAUUCAUGAAGAAAGAACUUUAAGGAAAAAUAGCACGUAAAUUCAGAAUAAAUGAAUAAAACUCGCGCAUUUGAAGCGAGUAUUUGUUCAUACGCUUAUAUCAACUAAUGGAAUAUGAUUACUAUUUAUCUAAUACUACGAACGCAUGGCUCUUUACGUAUAACACCAACAAAAUGCACUUUUAAUCGCAGUAUUACAGUAAGAUUUCUAGCGUUAAGGAUGUUCAAUCAACUAGUGUAAUUUUAAGAUUGAUGAAUUCAUCCAAUAGCAAAGAAAUUCGCUCAAUAAAUGUACGAUAUGCCUGUGGCGUAACGACACUAGAUAUUAAGAAAAGUGAAAUGAACAGCAAUUUUCCUACAUUGUUAGUUAUAAUGCAAUCAUUUUGCCGACUUUAUCAAGCAAUAGAAAUGAGCAGUGAAUUGAAGCAAAUAUACAAAAGAGUAAUCAUAUCCAAGGCUAUACAAAUUAGUUUCAUAAAUUUAUUUUAUGUGUUGACUACGAUUUCUAAAAUUUGUGUCAAUAAUUAAGUUUGUGAACUUAGAAAAUUUUUAUUUUUAUACAAACAUUCGAAAGCCAUAUCAAAAUAUGAUGAAUUACGAUACAAGCAUAAUUUAUUGAAAUAUAAAUGCACAGUUAUGUUAUUGUGUUUUCACAUAUAAUUGUAAUUAUUUGUGAUUUUGUUUAAAUUUAAAUUUCUACGAAACAUGCCAAAAAGUCAAUAACGUAUUACAUGCAAAAGCAUAGAGUCUAAGCAAAUAAAAUCAACUCAACGCCAGUUGAGUCAUAUCAAAUCGAGAUCUUCGAUCAAUUAUAGUUCUAAAGUAAGCUAUAUAUUAGGUGCAUUUAUGCUUUAAACCAAGUUCAACUUUGAAAGAUACAAAUAUUUUUAGAUGGAUUUAGAAAUGAAAAAUAAUAAAUGGCUUUUGAAGUUCAAUGGAACUUUAUUCU